AUGGACAAUAUACCACCUAGGAUAUCAAUCCCCCAUGGAGAUUCCUUCAAGCCUCCACCAACAAGGAGACCAAAAAGUGGCGAACGUCGCAGAGUCACUCAAGCAUGUGAUCAAUGUAGAACCGCAAAACAAAAGUGUUCUGGCAAUACGCCUUGUGUGAAUUGUAUCACCGGUCAAAGAUCAUGCUCAUACAACUUCCCCUACACCCGAGGCCGCAGAGUCCAAAUACAACUGAAUCCAGUUGUGGAACAAAAUCUGAGACAUCCUAGCUUCAACAAUGGACUCAGCCCAAUAAAUCCUGGCUCUUUUCAACAACAUCAGACAGAACUACCACCAAUGAUUAGUCCAUAUGGCCAAGUUCAAGUAACUACACAAAUGUUGGCACCAUAUCAACAGCAAUUCAACAACAGCUCGAAUGAUACUUUCCUUCAUGAGGCUCAACAAAGAUUUGAUAUGCCACUCAGAAAUUCUCAUGUUCCGGUUUCUGCAUUUGGUGAUUUGCCGAUGAUGAUCGGUCGAUCUGGAAUGGUUGCUCUACCAAAUAAAGAUAUUGGUGCUACACUAGUUGCAACUUAUUUUGAAAAAGUUUCUCCUAGCUUGCUCUUCCUUCACAGGCCGAGUGUCGAAAGCUGGACAAUGGAUGUGCUAUCUGAAGAUGGCUAUACUUUGCACAAAAAUGAGCUCAAAAGCAGGAAUGCGGCAGUCUUUUUGAUAUUUGCUUCAGCUCAGGCUUACAACGCAGGCCCAGAACCAUUAGAUACAAGUAUGCUUCACUUUCACUUGGCGGACGAGCAACUACGAUCCGAAACUGGUCCACCUCAGCUAGCUAGUAUUCAAGCUCGACUCCUACAAUGUUACUAUCUUCUAGCCAAAGGCAGAAUUAAUCAAUGCUGGAGCACUUUUGGCACCGUCGUCAGCUUAAUAUUCGCGCUUGGAAUACAAAGAAAGCAUAGCCAGAAAGAUGUGAUCAGUCUGAUUGAUAUUGAAUGUCAGAAGAGAGUCUUUUGGGCAGCUUUUACUCUGGACAAAUAUUUAAGUUAUGUCUUGCAUAGACCACAGCUUAUUGAGCUGGAAAAUACUGAUCAGGAUAUGCCAAAGCUCAUCAAGGAAAAACAAUCUACACCUUCCAUUCUCAUACCUGCUUCUCAAGAUAUUCUGUCCAGAAACUUUGCAUCCAAUCUCCAUAUCGAGCUUGCAAUCAUUAUCAGCAAAAUCCUAAAGGAUAUUUAUGGAAUUCGAAAACCGGAAAUUAAGAGACAUUUAGAAUUGGCCAAGGCUUAUAAGGAUGACCUCAGGGCCUGGAAGAAAAAUGUCGCUCUUCUGACUGAUGUCGACCCCCGCAAUUUGCUCCAGAUUUACAGGUUUCAAAGAACAGAGCUCUUGCUAGCAUAUAACCAUGCUCAGCUUCUUUUGCUUCGCGAUUUCAUUCUCGACGCGGCAACCAAUGAUGAAGAUCUUAUGGAUGAGAUUGAUGGGAUGAUCAGUAAUCUUGUGGAUGCUUGUAAGGAGAUUUGCGAAAUCAUCGAGCCACGUCCUGAAUACUGGACCCAAACUCCAAGUAUGCGAGAGACUCAGCGAUAUGGAUUCGUUGUAUCACUUCCACUCCGAAGUGCUUGGUUCAUGCAAUACGUCAUCUACUCCGCCGCAGUAGUCACCUACAUCAUGAGUCAACAAGACCCAGCAUCCGCAACCCAAUCCAGCAGCAUAAUCCUAAAGAAAUCUCGACUCCUCCACGAAUCUCUCAAAGCCAUUGCACAACCCGGUACAUUUAUCGCACAAUGUGUUUCCGUCUUGGACGAACUAAAAGAUGCGACCGAUUACGCUAUUAACCAUCAUAUAUUUACAAAACGCAGGAUGGAAAUUGCACAAAACAAGGAGAAUGGUGAAGGUAGUGGUGAUGGUAGUCUUCGUUUGGGCGGUAAUCCGAAUGAAUAUGAGAGAGAGGACACGGAUAUGGCUAUGGGUAUGGGUAUGCGCAGAGAUGUAAGUGGUGCGUAUGAUGGAAGAAUUCCCAUCAUGAAACGUAUUAAAGACUGGGGUUUCUCAAGACUCACGGGCUACCAUAUUCGAGGUUGA